AGUCUGUUCCGCCCGCCGUGAGGCCGGAUGUGCCGGCGUUGUUGAGUGGCGGCUGCAGGCCCCGCGAUGUCCGGCGGCGGCGGCGCCGAGUGAGCGAGUGAGGCCGCGGGAGUCAAUGCCGAGCACGGAGAACCGCGGCGGGAGCCGGGGUCACAGCCCCAGCACCAGGAGACGCCAGAGUGAGAGCGGCCUGGCGCAGGCCCGGGAUAAAGGCCGCUGCGCAACAUCUAACGCCGCUCGUCCUUCCUCCAGUUCGCGGCGGAGGAAACGCCGCAGAAAGCGCUCGGACGAGCGCAAGGCCCUGCAACCGGCAGUAACGGUGUCCGCCUCCGGCCCGCUCCCCCUUCCCCUGCCGCUGACGCUGCCACUGCCGCUGCGGGGCUUGGUGGAGUACGAGGACGUGAGCUCGCAGGCGGAGAGCCUAGGCCGCAGUCCGGCCGGCCGCAGGGCGGAUCGCUGGCGGGAGAAGGACAAGCGGAAACGGGAGAGGGCGAAGGAGAGCUCCCGGGCCCGGGCUGACGGCAAGGGCAAGAGCCGGGCCCGCAGUAAGCCGGCAGCGGCGGCGGCGACGACUGCGGCAGCGGGGGCAGAGCAACCCGGCCCUGAGGCCCGCGGUAGCCGCGCCUCUCACCGCACCGACAAAGAGACGCCCGCCGCUUAUCGGGAGCCUCCGCGGGCCUACCGGGAGUUGGACUGGGAGGCGCCGCGGGCCUACCGCACCUCGCCUGGGCCUCGCAGCCCGGCGUACCGUGAGCCGAGCCCGUACGGGACAGCCGUGCCUUGUUACCCGCAGGUUUACGGAGCUGGCGGUGGCCACAGCCCCGCCAGGUCCGCCGCCUUCGAGCUUUUCGGCCGCACCCCGCCGCCACCGCCGCCGCUCUUUGCCUUCAAGCCGCUGUACAGUUCGCGGGAGCAGGGCCUACAUUCUGUCUACACCGGCCGUUCUCCCAGCCCCUACUCGGCCCCACGCCGCCGCUCGCCCAGCUUCUCCAGGCAUCUCAGUCCCUAUGAGUUUGGUGGCCUGUCCCCCAACCCCUACUCCAGCAGCAGCCGUCGCCGCUCGUCCAGCCGGAGCCCCGAACUCAGGAGACCCAAGUCGCGAAGCAGGAGUCCGUAUUAUUCCAGACGCUCAAGAUCUCGCAGCAAGCAUCGUGUGUCAAGGUCUCGCAGUCGGCAGUCAAGCAUUUCACCAAACAGUUUAACUUAUAAGACUAGUCUUGCUGCUGAGCUAAGUAAGCAUAAAAAAGCGAGAGCUGUUGAGGCUGCUAAGAAUAAUACUAAAAUCUCUAAUGCACUUAAUGUGACUACUGCCAAGGCAAGUGGCAAUGUCAGUUCAACAGUCGGCUGCGCAUCACAGACAAAGGAUGCAAAGGAAGCAAGUAAAUGCAAGUCAGAGAGAGCACCUGCUUCCCCAUUGAACACUGGAAUCCAAACAGUAGUUAAAAAUGAGAAACUGAAAACCAAGAUGAUUACCCAAGAGGUGAAAAUAGAUCAUGAAUCAACCCUGGACAAAAAGGAAGUAAUACAGAUAAACCUAGGAACAAAAAUUCCCAAGAUUCCAGCAAUUAAAUUGGAAUCAACCACACCAAAAGAAAAACCCAAGCAAGCUGUGCCAAGUGAAAUGACAAAAGAGAAAGAAAAGAAUUCACAGUUGCUAACAUCAACGUUGCCACCACUACCUCUGCCCCUUGUGCUAACAAAGGAGGAGCAAGAAGAUGUGAGCAGUCCAAAAGCAGGUCUCUCAAUAAAAACUUUGAAAAAGGACGUUGAGCGAAAGUCUCGGCACUUACUUAUAGACCUUCCGUUGCCACCUGAACUUCCAGGAUCUGAAUUAUCCCCGCCAACAACUCCUGAAGAGAAAAAAGCGAUUGUUCCAUCACAAAUUAAAAAGAGACCCAAAAUUUGUGGUCCUCGACAUGGUGAGACAGAAGUAACGGAAAUCGACUGGGGAAAACGUUGUGUAGACAAAUUUGAUAUUAUUGGAAUAAUUGGGGAAGGAACAUAUGGACAAGUUUACAAAGCUAAGGAUAAAGAUGCAGGUGAAAUGGUUGCUUUGAAGAAAGUCCGCUUGGAUAAUGAAAAAGAGGGCUUUCCGAUAACUGCUAUUCGAGAAAUUAAGAUACUAAGGCAGUUACAACACUCGAGCAUCAUAAAUAUGAAAGAAAUUGUGACAGAUAAGGAAGAUGCAUUGGAUUUUAAAAAAGAUAAAGGUGCAUUUUACUUGGUGUUUGAAUAUAUGGACCAUGACUUAAUGGGACUGUUAGAAUCAGGACUGGUGCAUUUUACUGAAAACCACAUCAAAUCUUUUAUGAGACAACUAAUGGAAGGUCUGGACUACUGCCAUAAGAAAAACUUUUUGCAUCGUGACAUCAAGUGUUCCAAUAUUUUACUUAAUAACAGGGGACAGAUUAAACUUGCUGAUUUUGGGCUUGCUCGACUUUACAAUUCGGAAGAAAGUCGUCCUUACACAAAUAAAGUUAUUACCCUCUGGUAUCGGCCACCUGAACUCUUGCUUGGAGAAGAACGAUAUACACCAGCUAUAGACGUGUGGAGUUGUGGAUGUAUUCUGGGUGAGUUGUUUACUAAAAAGCCAAUCUUCCAAGCAAACCAAGAACUAGCUCAGCUGGAAUUGAUCAGCCGAAUCUGUGGUAGCCCAUGUCCGGCAGUGUGGCCUGAUGUGAUUAAACUACCAUAUUUCCACACAAUGAAGCCAAAGAAGCAGUAUCGUAGAAGGUUAAGAGAAGAAUAUUCUUUUAUUCCAGCAACUGCUCUGGAUCUCUUUGAUCACAUGUUAGCUUUGGAUCCCAGUAAACGCUGCACUGCAGAACUUGCUCUUCAGUCUGAUUUCCUGCGAGAGGUUGAUCCAACAAAAAUGCCUCCACCCGACCUGCCACACUGGCAAGAUUGUCAUGAAUUAUGGAGCAAAAAACGGAGAAGACAGAAGCAAUCUGGAAUUAGUGAUGAUACAGCACCCAAAGUUUCUCGUAAGGACUCUGCUUUAAGUAUGGAUGAUAGCAGGAACAACACACCUCAAGGCUUACAACUCCCUCAACAUAAAACUCAGGGCAAUUCCAGUAUAGGAAUAGGGAGUAAAAGCACUGGACAGACACUAAACCAGAAUGACCUGGCCAUCCUUCUGAACCUACUGAGGUCCAAGAACAAUCUUAGCCUGGCACAUCUUGCUCAAGUGCUGAAUAUUAAAGUGAAUCCUGAAACUCAACAGCAACUCAGCACAGUUAACCUUCCAACUGGAGUCUUGGCAGCAGCUGCUAAGCAGCAACAAGAAGUUGAAAAGCCACCACUGGUAACACCACCUCUCCCACCUCAACCACCACCACCACCACCACCACCUGCGACACAGCCACCACCCAAAAGUGAACUUGAUUCUGCUCAGACGGCCAUUCAGAGUGCACUUGCUGUUUUAUUGGCUCAGCUGAUUAAGACACCUCAGCCAAAAGAAAAGGAAGUUGUCGUAGAGAAGGAGAGCAUUGCUGCUGAAGUGGAGGUGCCAGCUCAACCACCGGAGCCUCCGGCCGAGCCGACCAUUCCCAAUUUUAUUGAUCACUCCACUGGGCUUUUGGAUCUUGGUGUCUCCGAUCAGUCGCCACCUGCACAUGAACAUCCACGAAUCCUACCCCCAGACCAGAGACCUCCAGAGCCUCCAGAGCCACCACCUGCAUCAGAUGGAAACUUUCAGGCAGAAGAUCAGCACAAUUCCACACCUUGCUCCACGGGUGAUCCAACUGCAGGAGUGAAGGCAGCCCUUUUAGAGCUUUUAGCCCAUCAUCAAGCCACGGAACAGGGACAGACACCUGUUGACUAUCGAGCAGGUGGCAGCCUUAGAACUGCUGCAGACUACGGGGAUGGAUUUGGGACAUCGUAUACAUCUAGUAAUUUCAAUAGCGAUGGGUACAGCAGCAGACUUGGCUGCAGUGGGGGAAGGGGCACCUUCCUGGGUAGUGCAGAUGCCCCCAGUCGCUCACUUCUGGAAUCAGUUUCGUCGACGUUCAGUGCUCCAUCAUCUCAUGCUAGUGGUGUGCACCUACAUUCUGGUUAUUCGGAGGCCUUUUCUAGCUCAGUGACAGGUUACGGAGAAGGGAUUGGUUAUCUCAGCAACAGUGCAAUGCAGUUUACAGGUGAUAAAGACCACAGAUUUGAAUACAACCGCCCUGUUCUGCCCCCGUUGGGUAGCAGUGGAAGUAAUCCUGCAGCAAUACCUGAAAGUACUAAUAGUGCAAAUGUGCCUCUUGCUAAAAAGCUGCAGAAUUAUGGAUAUGUUGCCAACAGACAAGAGAACCUAGCUACCAGUGGCCCUCUUCAUGGACAGAACUGGGGUUCCCCUGGGCGCGGAGCAGGUUAUCCUCAUGCCUAUAGUGGGCAUAUUAGCACACCAACCAUAGGAGGAAGAGGCAGAGGUUUACCAUAUUGAUUUGCAGACUAGACUUCAUAUGGUAUACGAGAAUGAUACACUGAUAAUAAAGCUGGGAAGUUCUCUGCAUUGAUGCCGUUUGUAGCAGGGAUUUUUUUUAAUGUAAAGUGUACAUUUGAAUGCAAAUACAAGUUAUUAGAUUUGACAAAUUUGACGUGUGUUCUAUUACAAAAUUGAUUUGUACUUGCAGAGAAGUAAUGAAGAAAACACUAGGCUUCUCUCAUGAACUGCAACAUUUCCCCCCCCCCCCCCCAUCCUCUGUUCUUCUGUUCUGUUUUAAAUUGAUUAUUUUUAUGAUUCUCUUUUAACAGGUUACACCCGUUGUUAUAGCAGUUUUGAACAGAAUGGUAUUUCUAGGCUAGCUGACAUUUGAGGUACUUGUUACAAAAACUUAGCAAGACUAGUCAAAAGAUUGGCAAAAAUCCUGUACAUGAAGUGCUUUUCUGAAUUUGGACCAACUAUAUUAUCUGUGACUCUGCUAAUCUCUUAAGUAGUGUGCUUUUAGAAUAAAUAUCUAAUUAGCAAGUAGUCAGUUCUUGAGCUUGGCAUUAUUGAAGGAAAUGUGAUUAAUUCACAUUCUUCCUGAACUAAAAUAACACCUAGUGAUUUACCCUUUUUAUAUUAAUAAGAACAGCAAGUAUGUGGUCCAUUUUUCUAAAACAGGACAGUUGCCAGAAACUUCAAGUAAAGUACAUGCAAACGACUGUUGCCCUGCUUUGUAGUCUACUAUCACAAACAAUUCUUAUUAAGUAGAAACAAAUACAAAAAGUAACAGACAUCUGGUUACCCCAAUAUUUUACAUAAUCUUUCUGUUCAUUUGGGCAGUUCCUUUUUGCCUGUUGACAAAAUAAUUUACAUUGCAUAAAACAAAGUGAUUUGCCAGCCAGAAAAGAGGGGUGUCAGUGGAGAUCUACAGACAUUGGUGAACUUUUCUCACAGUGUGUAGUACAAGACAGUUACUAUAUUAAAAAAAUACAAAGCCCUUUGCAAUGUGAGCUGUAGUUUAAAAUAAAAAUUCAAAUGACAAUUAAUACUUCCUGAAAAAUGAAUGUUUUGUAAAUGAAUCUCUAUACAACUUUAUAAAGCCACUUUUACUGAACUAUCAGAUCCCACAAGUGUUUGGUUGCUUUGAAGUGUCACUGUCUGCUGUAAAUAAUUGGAAAUGGUCAUAAGGCAGCUUGUGACGAAUGAAGCUGAUGAGACUCCGUUCUGGGCAUAUCGUGGUUUAUUUGGUUCUGCGGCCAGAAAGAUGGAACCUGCCCUGUUGAAAAUUUAAUGCAGAAUGGAGUUUUCACCUCUGAACUUCUGUUUUGUUUUUGGACAUAACUGAUCUAAAGCUCUUUGCAUGUUUGAAGGUCCCAGGUUUAUUGAAUUAUCAAGAAUCCCUGUUUUUAUGUUAGAAUUCCUGCCAUUUAAUUCACAUGGAGGUAUACAACUGUGGAGAAGUGAUCUGUUCUUGGUGAGCAUGAUGGGUUGGGCAUGGUGUUCCACAUCUUGAUUCACUAGUCUGCUCACCAUAAUCCAUGUUGCACCAAGUCCUAUGCAAGCUUUCUGGUGCAGGAGACAGCAAUAAAUAUCAUUGCAAUGAAAUAACUGCUGUAUUUGAUAGGCACAUUUGAUUUCGCAGUUUCAUGUUUUGCAUUAGUUCAAUCUCAAAAAAAGCAUGUUUCUGAUAAUAGACCAGUGAAAUGUUAUAAUAAAUUUAUUACUUUACAUUUUAGCCCAUUGUAAUAUAUUCAGAGAAUUUGUAGUACAUUUCCAACCAUACACAAAUCUGGCAAAGAUGUAUAAAAUUAGUUAUAGCUGUUUUGGGGAUAUUACCCUUGAU